GGCGUGAUUGGAGCGGCCGUCCGGUGAACUUAGUGCACAUCUAGCUUCCACCUCUGGCGCUUGGAGACAGGGUCGCCGCAUCGUCAACCCGGUGUGGAGAUGGAGUUCGCGGAGACGGGGAUCAGUUUGUUGGUGCGUGGUUCUGGAUCUAGGCCAUCCAAUGACUCGACCGAGCCGCCAAUCUCACCAGAUUCGUCGGGGUUUUCAAGGCAUCCGGGAGCCAUGGGCACGGUGCGAGAGUUCGUGGAAGAUGACCCGAGCGGCCGAUUCGCCGAUUUAUUGGAUACAGUCGAAGGUGUUGUACCAGACGGCAGUGAUUCAGAUGAGAAAAAGUCCACCAGGGCGGAAAACAUAUAUGUAACGAUGGACGACAAAGUUGGCUGGGUUAGCAGGAAACGGAGGGAUGUCAUGCCAGACGAAAGAUCAACAAGUGCAGACAGGGUCAUCGCGCUGGAAAAAGCGCUAACCGGGUUUGCAGAUAAUCAUUCAGAAACUGUGGUGAUCCCGUCAGUUGGGCUGACAUUUGAUUCAAUAAACGAGGCGUAUGAGUUCUACAACCUGUACUCUUGGGAAACUGGAUUUGGGGUUCGGUAUGCAAAGAGCAGGUCUAAUGUAAAAGGAACAAAAUGCAUGCAGGAGUUCGUCUGCUGCUACUCGGGCAAACCAAAAGAAGCAAAUUCGAAAUCUUCACGAUGCCAAUGCCAGGCCAUGAUAAGGCUCCUCCGAACUGAUGAUGAAGGAUGGUACAUCAACGAAUUUAGGUCCAAUCACAACCACCACAUGCUGAAUACUUGUGCUGAGAAGUUGCGUUUCCCCUCGCAUAGACAUAUUGACAAAUACACUAGAGAGCUAGUUUCCCAACUGAGACAGAACAAUGUAAACGUGAGCAAGGUUUAUAGUAUAAUCGCAACAUUUUUUGGUAGAGUUGAGAAUGUGCCAUUCACCAAGAGAUGUUUAAGGACUCUGUGUGGAAAGCUCAGCAGAGAGCAGGCUGAUGAUGAUGUGCGAAACACGAUGGCUAUUUUUUCAGAAAUGAAAGCACAAGAUGGCGAGUUCACGUACAAUGUUCAGGUAGAUGAUGAGAGUAGGAUACGAACGCAUAUGUGGACAAACGGUCGUAGCAAAACACAGUUCCAUCACUUUGGUGAUGUUGUCACUUUUGACACCACAUACAAAACCAACCUGUAUGAUAUGCCUUUUGGCCUGUUUGUGGGGGUGAAUAAUCAUUUUCAAAGUGUGCUUUAUGCGGGGGUUUUGAUGCGAGAUGAGACUGAGGAUACAUUCAAAUGGAUUUUCGACGAAUUCAUGAAGAUGAUGGGUGGUAAAAAACCAAUUACAAUUUUAACAGAUCAAGCUAGAGCCAUGGAAAAGGCGAUCGAGGAUGUGUAUCCCAAUUCGACGCAUCGCUGGUGCAAAUGGCAUGUUCUGAAGAAGGCUAAAGAAAAUCUAGGUGCUCAUUACACCAAGAAGUCAGAUUUCAGGGCUGAAUUCCACAAGCUUGUUCACGAGAUGCUGACAAUUGAUGAAUUCGAGGACGGCUGGGCAGCACUACUUGACAAAUAUUCACUGAAAAACAAUCCAUAUCUUACACAGAUAUACGAGACUAGGCUGAAGUGGGCAAAACCUUACUUUGCCGGGAAAUUUUGUGCUAGGCAAACCAGCACUGGCAGGAGCGAAACUGCAAACCACAUGUUGAAGCAGUACGUCCCUCCGUCGUGUUCAAUGAAUCUUUUUGUCAAACAAUACAACAAGCUCCAGUUCGACCGAGAACAGGAAGAAGGUUUCCAAGAGAAACGCACAAGACUGAGUCGCGCUGUGCUCAAGGUGAAUACCGCUCUUGAAGUCCAUGCGAGCAAGAUAUAUACCAGGAAGAUGUUCGAGAUUUUAGGGGAGAUACUGUAUGAAUCUGGAAGAUAUGAUGUUGAAGAAAUCAUAGCAAAGCAAAAAUACAUAGUUACGCACCAGAAAGCCGAGCACCGUGAGAAGUGGUUCAAGUGCCGUUUUGAGGUUAAUGUGACUGAUAACCUUGGUUAUUUUUCGUGCAUCUGUGGCCUGUUCGAGCACAUGGGCAUGGUUUGUUGCCAUUCGUUGCAGGUGAUGGUUUUCCUACGUCUGAAGCAGAUACCUCCCAGGCACAUAUUGAAAAGGUGGAGCAUACACGGUAGAGACAACCUGCCUGGGCACCUGAAGCACUAUCAGCAAGACAUGGGGCCACCGGACGCACCCACUUUCAGGCAUUCUGCUCUGUACAUCACCGCGCUGGAGGUUGCAAAUAUGGGCGAUAGGAACCCGGCGGCUUUUGAGUUUAUGAUGUCGGGCCUGGUUGAACUGAGAACAAGAGGUGGUGAGGUAUGUGCGUUCAACGAUGGGCUGGGCGUCGUUGAGCAGCAGGUCUCCAACAAUGCAGUUGCUGUAGGUCCGAAGUUGAACACAAUUUCCUCUGUAAGAAGUGUGGAAGGCAAUCGAACCAAAUCGCGUGAUGCCACAUCAGUGUCCGUGCAUCCUCCAAUGAGUCAGGCCUCAGAAGCAUCAUGCCCGAAUGGUGAUGGGUACAAUUCAGAAUUCUCCGAAGCCGCAUCACGGCUAAUGACCAACACUGAAGAAGAAUUGCUUGCACCGGAAAGAAACAAGAAACGAGGUCGACCAACUACCAGCCGUGACAAAGCUCCUUAUGAGAAGGACAGCGCAAAAAGAUCUAGGUUCUGUUCCGUCUGCAGGGGCAAAGGGCACAAAUCCAGCACUUGCCCUGAUAGAGGCGACGUCCCAAAAAAGGAAAGGAAGGUGGCAACAUGCGGCAAAUGCGGGGUUCCAGGGCACCGAAGGACGACUUGCAGCAAGCCUCUCAUGUCGACGAUGGCCGGUGUCCCUCCUUCACAUUAGAUGAUAAUGUGCUUUGCUGGUUGCACUGUGUACCGUUUGCUUAUGUAUGGGACAUGUUGUAUGAGCGUUUUUAGUUGCGCGUUAUCGAACUACCGGCUUUCAGUUAAUUUACAUUCAGCUUCAUUAAA